AUGGCCACCGUCGUCGCCCUCCCCCUCACCAUCCCCGCCGCCCCCGCCGGCUACACCAAGGCCGCCGCCUCGGGCAAGCCCACCGCUCCCGUUGAGCGCCAGGUGUACCCCGCCGGCCCCUCGUACAUCUCGUACGCCCGCCGUGAGCUCCUCCAGCUCUCGUUCGAGGAGGACGACAAGGCCACCUCGUCUGCCCGCGCUGCCGCCGCCGCUCUCAAGCUUGCCAACGCCGAGGAGGUCCUCUUCCCCGGUCUCGGUGAGGAGCAGGAGCACAAGGACCUCCUUGCCGCGGACCCCAAGGAGUGGAAGAAGCAGGACCACUACGGUGUCCUUGGUCUUGGCGACCUCCGUUACACUGCCACCGACGACCACAUCAAGGUCGCGCACCGCCGCAAGGUGCUCCGCCACCACCCGGACAAGAAGGUCGACCACGACGACGGCUUCUUCAAGUGUAUCCAGAAGGCCCACGAGACCCUCACCCACAAGGACAGGCGUCGCCAGUUCGACUCGGUCGACUGGAACAUUGCCGACGACGUCCCCAACCCCAAGACCGUCGCUGCCGACAAGUACUGCGAGGUCUACGCCCCCAUCUUUGCCCGUGAGGGUCGUUUCUCCAACAUCCAGCCCGUUGCCCAGUUUGGUGACGACGCGUCGUCCAAGAAGGAGGUCGAGGGCUUCUACGACUUCUGGUACAACUUUGACUCGUGGCGUUCGUUCGAGUGGCACGACAAGGAGGCCAACGAGGGUGCCGACUCGCGUGACGAGAAGCGUUUCACCGAGAAGAAGAACAAGGCCGAGCGUACCCGCCUGAAGAAGGAGGACAACACCCGUGUCCGUGAGCUCGUCGACUCGGUCCUCGCCAACGACCCCCGCAUCAAGCGCAUCAAGGACGAGGAGAAGGCCGCCCGUCUCGCCAAGAAGAAGGGCGGCGCCGCCCCCGCCGCUAAGAAGCUCUCGCCCGCCGAGAUCAAGAAGGCCGCCGAGGAGAAGCGCAAGGCCGAGGAGGAGGCCAAGAAGGCCGAGGCCGCCGCCAACACUGCGUCCAAGGCCGACCGCGAGGCCGCCAAGAAGGCCAAGGAGGCCGCGCGCAAGAACCUCAAGAAGUGGAAGAAGGCCGUCGCUACCGUCAUCGCCGCCUCCAACUACUUCCAGGCCGACGGCGCCGCCCCUUCGCCUGCCGUCAUUGAGAAGCAGCUGGCCGAGCUCGACGCCCUCGUCGAGCUCGCCGAGCCCGAGGACGUCAAGACCCUCAAGGAGGAGGUCGAGAAGGCCGGCAACGGCGAGCCCGCCAAGGCCGUCAUCAAGGCCAAGGUUGCCGCCCUCGGCGACAAGGCCGCCGGCAAGUUUACCGAGUUUGCUUAA